UGUGCCUCCGCUUCGUGGAAAGCCAAAGCAUCCCCCUCUAGUUGUCCACCACUCCACCAGCGAAUAGCCAGAAAUGCCGCAUAUGAUGGUAGACGGCAGCAGGAACAUCCCUGGGUCUUCCCUGCAUUCCGCGCAGCCAGAGCCAGCCGGCACAGGAGCGACUCCGCCUAGUUGGGCACGGCAGCCCUCGGGCUCUCAGCACACCCGGCCCGCGCCUGGGCGUCAGCCGUGUCUCUCUGGCAGGCAAAACCUGGGCGAGGCCUGGCUGAGCAGGAAAGGAAUGCGAGUGGGAAGAGCGAGGCACAAGCAGCGGGCAUGUAGCGGCAGAUCCCGCCGGCAGAGUGGCGAGAGCAGCAACCUCCGCCGGAGCUCACGCGGCAGAGGGCGGGCUCUCUCUCUGUCUUGCUCAGAAGCCGGAGGUGGAGGAAAGCGCUCCUUCGCACUGGCAGAGCACGCGGCGGCAGCGGCAACGGCUCCUGCUCCCUCGGCCGCAGCAUCCUCGGCAGCCAGAGCGCCGCUCGGCCCUAUGGCGUCGGAGAAGGUGCUGCGGGAAGGGGUGCUGGAGAAGCGCAGCGGGGGUCUCCUGCAGCUCUGGAAGAAAAAACGCUGCCUACUGAGCGAGAAGGGGCUGCGACUCUUCGAGGCCAGCAGCCGGGGCUCGACGCGCUGUAAAGAGAUCCCUUUCGCGCGCGUCAAAGCCGUCGAGUGCGUGGAGUGGAAGCAACGGCACAUCUACUUCACGGUGGUGACGGACGGCGGCGCCGAGAUUGACUUCCGCUGCCCCCAGGAGGAGCCCAGCUGGAACGCCGACAUCACGAUGGCGCUCGUGCGCUUCAAGAACCAGCAGGCGGUGCAGAUAGUGCGGGCAAGGCAGAGCUGCAGGGCGGCAUUUCACCAUGAAGCAACCCCAGCCAGCCAGAUUCUGGUGAAUGGGUCAAAGGAGCCAGACCCUCAGCUCAGCAUGAAGAAGGCAGAGGAACUGAUGGCUGUGAAUUCCCCUGCCAAUGGACAGAAGGCAAUUUCCAGCUGCAACUGAAUGUAGUUCUCUUCUGUGGCACCAUUGCUGAAAAAUGAAGUGAUGUCAGAAGCAUCCAGCAGAACCUGGAUCACAAGUAUAGCUAGAACAAGCUUCAGUUUUCCUGCUGUGUCUUUGCUGUGAUACUUACCAGCUUUGACCUUUUGGCAAAUCACUGACAAAGUCUCCUGUGAAACUGCUGUGGAUUGAUAGAUUGCCUUCCUACCCUCAGUAGCCUUAUCUAUGGUGGUACAUAUCUGUGGACUUUGUAGGCUAGACUGAAGAUACAGAUGCAGCAAGAAUGAUAAAAGAUCAUAAUUCCAUCACUUGGUGUACCCCCAGCCGGGUGCUGGAUGGGCAGUGCUGGAAUUAACUGAAACAUGAAGAUUGAGAAGAAGGAACUCCUGAUUCAACCUCAGUGUACCAGGAACCAUCUGACAACUUCAUGGUUGAGAGGGAGCCUCCCUCUUCAGAGAACCAAGCAGGUGACUUGGAAGGAGCAACUGUGAAUGUGAUCUGAGAAGUCACAUGUGGCCAGGAAGAUGCCUGCAGGACUAGAGACUGGAUAUAAAGUUAAGCACCUUAAGAAGGUCCCCCAAUGUGGGAUUUGGGACUUCUGAUGAUGAUGAUGUACUGCCUUCAAGUUGAUUCUAACUUAUGGCGACCCUAUGAAUAGAGUUUUCAUGAGGCUGAGAGGCAGUGACUGGCCCAAGGUCACCCAGUGAGCUUCAUGGCUAUGUGGGGAUUCGAACCCUGGUCUCCCAGGUCGUAGUCCAACACCUUAACCACCACACCACACUGGCUCUCUUGGGACUUCUGAGACUCCCCUAAAUGAGCUGUCUCUGUAGUAUUGCUUCCUAGGGCAUCUUGAGGCCUUCUACUUAGAACUAGAGGACAGGGAGAAUACUGGUUGAGCCAGUGUUCUAUCCAGAUGACCUAUUGCUCCAGCUCAGUGAAUCACACCCAUGUCCUAUAUUGUGCAACACUGCACAUCCAUUGGAUUAAAUCAAUUGCAUUAGAUCCAUUAGAUCCUAUUAGUCAUUACGUGUGUGGAGGGGCCAUGUGCCUUUAGCCAUAAUUCCAUUGUCUCCUUUCAGCUUCCCACAUGUUCAGGGCAAAUGUCUGCAGGGGGGAGCCUUUUGUACCAGGGCUGUGGAGUUGGAGUCGGGAGCAAUUUUGGGUGGAGUUGGAGUCGGUAGAAAUGUUCCGACUCCGACUCGGACUCCUUCAUAAAUGGCAAAUGUAUAUUAACUAGUAAUAACAAAUUUACUGUAGUAAAAUGGUAGCACAAGGCAUUUCAUCACCACCACGUGAAUCCAGAGCUUGGAAAAGUUACUUUUUUGAACUACAACUCCCACAAGCCCAAUCCCUGGGGCUGAUGCUAUUCAUGUCAUUUUCACCAGGGUGAUGGCCUUCGGAGGGCCAAGCAAUGGAUGCUCAUUUAUCCCUAAUUGCAGGUCAUUAUAUAUAAACUUUUAUUAAUCACACUUCAAGAAAAUCAACAAAGCACACAUUUGUCUUUCUUCAGAAGAGUGCCUUAUCAUUCCUUUUUUAAGUUGGGCUCGUCAUUCUGAACCUUACAGGAUUGUGCCUGGUGUGUGUUGAUAACAUGAGGGAAAUUCUGUAAAAACAGUAUAGGAUGAGUCUCAGUAUAUGAGACUACAAAAGAAGUCUUUAUCAAUACUGCCUAUGAUGGAAAAAUGGCCAGUAAUAAUAAUUUUAAAAGGCCAUAUACAUUUGGAUGUAUAUGGCCAUGACCUAAGGUGGGUUGUGCUGGUAGUACCACCAGCAUUCUAAAAAUACUUUUGAGAGAAACAGAAAGAAACUAAAUGCACAAGAAGACAGGCUCCUUUAAUAUUAAUAGCUGUGAACUCCUGCCUGACAAGCUAAAUCUGCCAAAAUUCCCUCUUUUAUAAGACGAUCAAGAUCCUUUUCAUCUGGUCAUCAUAGCUCAUAAAAUCAAGAAGAAGGAUAGGAAUAAACUGAAUUAUAUUUUUUUAAACAUGGGUCCUAUGUUAACCCUAUGUCGGGGUUAUUGAAUCUGGAAAAAGUUGAAGACCACUGCAGUAGAGAACUUGGAAUCAUUUUUCUGCUCACUGUGUAAUACUGAAUAUGUGUAAUACUGAAUACAAGAAGGGACUAUAAUGGAAAAAACAAAGGAUUGUUGAAAUAAUUAGGCCAUGGAGGCCAUGUGUUGAGAAGUUACUGCAACUGCAAUGGCCUUAACCAUUUUUCAGCAUUAAUGUAAUGGAUGUGUAGUGGUCUUAUGAAAGCUCAGGCUCUUAAAAUAAAGUUCAUUAAUCUUUAA